UGUGCUUAGGACUGUUUUACGUGCGGGAAAUACUAAAGAACGACAGUGCGUAUAUAUCCAAGAAAGCCAAGCCGUUUCUUUUUUCCUGAUAGCUACGCAAGGACUUGUGGCAGAACGCGGGGUUGUUGCUGACCACGUCCUCAGCAGCUGUCUCUCAUUCUCUCCUCUGUAUGUGUGGACUUUGACGAAGGGGGGGACGCGGACAAGGACAAAAUGCCACACCGGGAAGCGGUCUCUCACUGGUCUUUCAGACGGGGGAGAUAAAACAGCAACCGCUGUUUUCUUUAAAGCUACAUUCUCAACUUUGGAUCUACCGUCUACUUCACAUCUGGAUUUUUUUCUUCCUCUUCUCUGAACAGUUUUCCUUCCUGAUGAACGGUGACUCACUGCAGGCAGAAGGCGAGCCGCUGCAUCCUAAUCAGACAGCGGAGAGGACUUCAGCUCAUUGACAUUACAGUCAUACUUUUCUGGAGCACUUUUUUUUUUUUGAAUUUCCACUGCGCUGCACUGUAGCCUGCGCGUGCAUCGGGGAGGCUUGUGGCUUUUCCCCAUCGCGCAUAGAAGGGGAAAGAGGAUACGGGUGGUACCUUUACCGAAGUGGUUAGAGGGAUGAAACUCUCCUUGAACCCUUCUGGAACUGCCUGUUUUCAUUUUAACCUUCAUAUUUUAAGGACUAAUACCGCAAUUUCUUUUGGUGGUAUGAGUGAACACUUACAAUGACUAUUCUGUUUGGGGACUGGAUCGCGAUUAUUGCUCAGAUGAGUCUGGGCGCUCAGCUGAAUAUAAAUUAGGUGUUCAGCUCCACAGAUUGCUGGAAGAGGCAGAGGAAGAGGGAGGCAGAGCAAAGACAAUCCACAAAGACAAAUGCCAAGGCCUCACAUGAUGAACAGGACUCUGUAUCUGAUCCCCAAUAACAGAAAUACAGAAUUUGAACAAAAUAUCAACAGGUCGAAGGAGGCAUAAACAGGACACAGAUAAUAGCCGCUUUUACGGAGUGGGGAUGUAUCUUUCUAUUUUCUUUUUCCUACUCUUAUGGGCUCAAGCCCUGACAUUAAAAAACUUGAAUUACUCUGUCCCGGAGGAACAGGGUCCGGGGACAGUGAUUGGGAACAUUGCCAAAGAUGCCAGACUCGGGCUGGAACAGAUCGGGCCGGGAGGACAGGGUAAGAAAGCCAACUUCAGGGUGCUGGAGAACUCCGCUCCGCAUCUCAUUGACGUCGACCCCCAAAGCGGACUGUUGUACACAAAGCAGCGCAUCGACAGGGAAACCUUGUGUAAGAGAAACCCCAAGUGCCAGCUCUCCAUGGAGGUGUUUGCCAACGACAAGGAGAUCUGCAUGAUCAAGAUAGAUAUUCAGGACAUUAACGAUAACUCGCCAACUUUCCCCUCGGAUCAAAUUGAUAUUGACAUUUCUGAAAAUGCUGUGCCGGGGACACGCUUUCCUCUGACCAGUGCACAUGACCCAGAUGCAGGAGAAAAUGGCCUGAAAACCUAUCAAAUAACACGCGAUGACUACAAUCUCUUCUCCUUGGAGGUAAAGUCCCGUGGGGAUGGGACUAAAUUUCCUGAAUUAGUUAUUCAAAGACCGUUGGACCGAGAAGAACGAAGCCAUCACACUCUUAUUUUGUCAGCAACUGAUGGCGGGGAAUAUCCUAGGUCAGGUACCAUGCAGAUAAAUGUAAAAGUUAUUGAUUCCAAUGAUAACAGCCCUGUGUUUGAUCAGCCCUCGUAUGUUGUGGAAAUUCCAGAAAAUUCCCCUCCUGGGAAAGUCCUGAUCGAUUUGAACGCUACCGAUCCUGAUGAGGGCAACAAUGGACAAGUCGUCUAUUCUUUUAGCGGCUAUGCCCCAGAGAGAAUCAGGGAGCUCUUUUCCAUAGACUCCAGGACAGGGGUCAUAAAGAUUCAGGGCGAAAUUGACUAUGAAGAGAGUCCUGUUAUUGAGAUUGACGUGCAGGCGAAGGAUUUGGGUCCCAAUCCAAUCCCUGGCCAUUGUAAAGUCACUGUUAAAGUGCUUGACAGGAAUGAUAACUGGCCGUCUAUAGGCUUUGUGUCAGUGAGACAGGGAGCCAUCAGCGAGGCAGCACCUCCAGGCACUGUCAUUGCUCUGGUCCGUGUCACAGACAAGGACUCUGGCAGGAAUGGGCAGCUUCAGUGCAGAGUGCUGGGUAAUGUCCCUUUUAAACUUGAGGAGAACUAUGAUAACUUCUAUACAGUGGUGACAGACCGACCCUUGGACAGAGAAAUGCAGGAUGAGUACAAUGUCACCAUUGUGGCCAAAGACAAUGGAAUUCCACCUCUUAAUUCCACAAAAUCCUUCACCGUGAAGAUCCUUGAUGAGAAUGAUAAUGUUCCUCGCUUUACUAAGUCAGUUUACCUUCUUCAGAUUCCUGAGAACAACAUUCCUGGGGAGUACCUCGGUUCAGUUCUGGCACAUGAUCCAGACCUCGGCCAGAAUGGCACUGUGUACUACAGCAUAGUUAACUCCAAUGUGAGUGGGGGUGAUGUCAACACCUAUGUUAAUGUAAAUGCUGCUAAUGGAGCCAUCUAUGCUGUGAGAUCUUUCAACUAUGAGCAGAUAAAGUACUUUGACUUUAAGGUUCUUGCUAAAGAUAAUGGAUCUCCACACCUGGAAAGCAAUGCUACAGUGCGCAUCAGUGUUCUGGAUGUCAAUGACAACAUCCCUGUCAUAGUCCUGCCCCUGCUCCUAAAUGACACAGCUGAAAUCCAUGUGCCCCGUAAUGUUGGUGUGGGCUACAUCGUCACCACAGUGAGGGCUGUGGAUAAUGACUACGGUGAGAGCGGAAGGCUCACCUAUGAGAUCUCAGACGGCAAUGAGGAGCAUCUUUUUGAGAUUGAUCCAGUGACUGGGGAAGUGAGAACAGCCCACCCGUUCUGGGAUGAUGUAAAUCCAAUCGUGGAGUUGAUCAUCCGAGUAUCUGACCAUGGCAAGCCAACACUCACAGCUGCCGCCAGGCUCAUAAUCAAGGCCUCUGACGGGCGGCCUCCUGAUGGACUGCCACGUACAAAGGACAAUCAGAACUGGGACAUGUCUCUUCCUCUCAUUGUUACUCUCAGCAUCAUAUCAAUCAUGCUUCUAGCUGCCAUGGUGACCAUAGCAAUCAAGUGCAAACGGGAAAACAAGGAAAUCCGUACCUAUAACUGUCGCAUUGCAGAAUACUCACACCCUCAGCUUGGAAAAGGCAAGAAGAAGAAGAUUAACAAGAACGACAUCAUGCUGGUGCAGAGCGAGGUGGAGGAGCGGGAUGCCAUGAAUGUGAUGAAUGUGGUAAGCAGCCCUUCCUUGGCCACCUCUCCCAUGUACUUUGACUACCAGACACGCCUGCCACUCAGCUCACCAAGAUCAGAGGUCAUGUACCUCAAGCCCACUGCCAAUAACCUCAGCGUGCCCCAAGGCCACGUGGGAUGCCACACCAGCUUCACAGGCCCAGUCACCAGCACUACAGACACACCUACUAACCGCAUGUCCAUCAUACAGACGGACAAUUUCCCCACUGAGCCUAAUUAUAUGGGUAGCAGACAACAGUUUGUUCAAAGUAGUUCGACAUUCAAAGACCCAGAGCGAGCCAGCCUCAGAGACAGUGGCCACGGGGACAGCGACCAGGCCGACAGCGACCAGGACACCAACAAAGGCUCCUGCUGUGACAUGUCUGCAAAAGAGGCCCUCAAACUAAAGGCCACGGGCGUGAAACCACCACCUCUGGAGCAAGAUGAGGAUUGUGUGAACUGUACAGAGGAGUGCCGAGUUCUGGGUCAUUCCGACCGCUGCUGGAUGCCCCAGUUCCCUGCAGGAGGAAACCAGGCAGAGGGUGUCGACUACCGCAACAAUAUGUUCGUACCGGCGGGGAUGGAGACCGUGCCAGAGACGGAAACAUACGAGACAGUUAACCCCAAUGGCAAAAAGACAUUCUGUACCUUCGGAAAGGAGAGGCGCGAUCACACCAUCCUGGUGGCAAAUGUCAAGCCCUACUUGAAGGCAAAACGCGCCCUCAGUCCACUGCUCCAGGAGGUUCCCUCAGCCUCCAAUAGUCCUACCAAAGGCUGCUCCACCAUGUCUUCUUGUUCCUCAAUCAAAAGCCCAGCUGACGGAGCAGAAGGCAAACCUCCUCCCGCCACCUGCUCCGGUCACUACGGGCCUCCUGAUGGUCAGUACCUAUCUCCAACCAAACAAAGCAGAGACCAGGGGGUUUACCCGCCCUUGCCUCCCUCAGAUCCAGUAGCCAAGGUCCUUGCAGAGGCCCGCUCUAGGAUAAGCCAAGAGGCAACAGGUGAAAUGGAGUGCGUUCUGGAGCAGGCAGAGUCUGGGAAUGCAAAUCGUGACAGAAUGGACGCUGACCAGGUGGUGAGGGACAUCGACAAACUAUUGCAGGACUGCAGAGGAAAUGAGGCCACUGGCACGCUCAGGAAGUGACACAGAGGACUGAAAGAGAAAAAAGUGGGGAGGAAGAGAGAGGAAUAAAAUGUUAUUCCAGAAACUCUCAUGCCAAAACUGUCACCAAAACAAAUCUGAAAGGUCAAAUGGCUCUUAUGACAGGAGCUCUUUUUGCUGUAUUUGUUGUUGAAAAGUACCGACACUGGACAAACAAUGGUAACAUUUUUAAUGUCAGACAUUGUGCACCAGUUUUGGUGCUGAGAUCCCUACAAACUGAAAGAACUCACUUCAGACACCUGGAUUCUACUGAAUUUAUAAACUCUUUGUUUUGGAUUCUUAAGCAAAUUGCAGAGGCUGAUGCCUCUGGCACCUCGAAAACUAUUAUCUAAGUGCCCACCAGCUCAUAAGUGUGUUGUUCAUGGUCUCUCGUGAAACCCUACAUAUCCAAGUGUGUGUAGGUGGAUUUCUGUUAUGUGUGAUGGCCAUAGAAACUGAAUGGGGAAGGACUUUAAAUGGUCAGACACGACAAUCGAACAGAGAAUCUAUUUGGGACAGUGAGAACACAAAACAAGCGUAUCUUCUCUGACUUUACUGUAGGCGUGAAACAUGUGAUGGAUCCUGUAUCUGAAUAAUGAAGAGGUUGGUCGAUCACAGGGGCUUUGGCUUGGGUUGGUUGUGUACUUUGGGAUGAAGGGGCUUCAAAGCUUCGCUGAAGGAGAAUUAUUAACAGUGUAACCAUUGUUUCACCCGUCAUUUGUAGCCACAUGUGUAAGUUGUGUCUGUCUCACGCCUCUAUUUAAACAUUCAUGUUGCUGACCGGUGUAGCUGCACGCACCAAUUUUACACAUGUGCACUACACUUUGCGCUGACACACUCACAUGCACUGACACCCAAAAUAUACACAUACACACACUAUUGCUUAAACACAAGUGGCCAUCUGUGUUAUUGUCCUUUACAUGAACAUCAUCAGCUUCAGUCCCUUGUGUACAGUGAAUAAUCAUGUGUGUGACUCAGCCUUAAGGCAAUCACAAGUUGUAUAAAAAGGGACAUUUUUCCUCAACUGUGAAAAGAUGAUAUCUAUAUGAUUAUAUAGAUGAUUAUAUGUAUGAAUCCAUGUAUAGUGUCCAAAUAUUAACUGAAUAUUUAUACAUUUUUUAAGAAAAAAGAAAUGAGGAACUCAGCAAAAAUGUGUCCUCAGUAAAGGUCAAGAGCGGGGUAUUAACUCAAAGAACUGCGAAGGACACUGCCAUUGUUUUAAAGUACCCAAAAAUAUAGACAGACAAAAUGUCCCUUCACAUUAUCACUAUACAUAAUAUCAUUAUAUGUGUAAAUGUAUCCAAUUUAGAUGUGUUUACAUCAAAAAAUUGACAUAUUUUUAUUGAUUUUACUGCAAUUUCUGUGCAUUUGAGCCAAAUUGUUAUGUGUACAAAAGCUAUAUUGUGUAUUUUAUUAAAUUAAUAUAUAGUUGUGUUGCAAUAUACAUGGGCUUAUAUUGUAUUUGGCAAAAGUUGCCUUAGUAGCUGUCGAACUCUGUGAGUUUGCUUUAGUUUGGGUUUAUUGGUGUUUUUUUUUCCUCUCUAUUCUGCAUCUUUGCAGGCUGGCUUCAGUGCUUUGGAGAUGUCGCCUCUUUUUACCCUGAGAUCCAGCUGGAUCAAAUACAAUAACUGUUAAAAGCUUAAUGAGCCAGCUGAUCGAGAAUACAAUUCAGAAACCGAUGACAAAAAGCAACAACCACAAGAAAAAAAAGAGAACAGUUUGAAUAUUUUUACUGAGCAAGAUUUUUACAGGGCAGCUAUUUUUCUUUAACAAUAACUAGGAUGCGGAUUUUGUGUUCAUUAUGUUUUUACUUUCUUUCCAAAAAAAAAGAAACCUGCCAUAUGGAAGGUGGAGUGGUUUCCUUGGUGAUCAUAAAACUGCCUUACUGUCUCUGCGGAGAGCUUGUUGUAUCUGUGGAGCUUGUGACUGCUUCUAAAGCCCUGGUCCACCAGAAUGUGCAUUUUCUACAAAGGACCAAAAGAGGUUCUUUUUCAGCAGUCUGUGUCAUUUAUGUAUGUACUCCUUCUCGAUACAUGUUCAGAUUCUCAUUCUUUGCGGAGAAACUUGACAUCUGAAAUUCUAUCUGAAGUUACUUUUGGAUUUGAUGUCUUAGCUGUUUAGGUACACGGUUUAUAUAACCAAGUGUCUUCACAUUCAGGCUUUCUUAAAUGAAAAAUGAAACAGACAUUUAUUUUUGAAAAUUUUGGCACAUUUGGCCACUCUCUGAAAUAACAAUGGGAGGUGCUUUUUUAAUAUUCUCUGUGCAUUAGAUAAGCAGAACAGUAGGCUAGAUGUGCUCUGGGGGAAACGACCACAAUCACCGAAUCUACGGAAGAUGCAGCCAUGAGAGGGAACAGUGACAUUCACGGAGCUUCACUAAGUUGGAAUCUUGACGGCACAUACAAAGUCACAUCUGUGCAUUCUGGUACUUGUGCUUUCUAAUCUUAAUCGGGUUACGUGUUUGGACAUCCCCCCUGUCAUUCUGCCAUCCUCAGUAUAUCUUUUGCCUACUUGCCAUCAUUUCUUUUAUUCCACUUGUCAUUUUCUUACUCUUCUCCGCAGCUGUUUGCUUUGUCGCCUCCGAGGAGCAAAGUAACUGUUAGCUUUCCUCUCUUUUCGUCUGUAAAGUAUUUGGUUUCGGUUUACCCUUGCUCUUUUUUCCCUUUGGAGAUGGCAGAAGCCGUUCUCUGAGAAAGAUUUGACAGAGGUGGAGAAAAUAUUUAUGGGUGUUUUAAAAAAAGAAAACAGAUUCUCUCUCAAAUAUCUGGAUAAAUCAAACAAGCCUGACGUUAACAUCACACAAACGGUUUAAAUGUGCCGUUCAAAGUGCAUGCUGCAAUUGUGAUCCUAACAAAUGCUGCCGCUUUGCACACACCCACACACACAAAUAACCCGGGCACUCCAGCAGCACACUGCCUUUCAUUUAAAUGCAUAGCCCCUUAAAGGUAAAGUGAAGGCUGAAAGAAAGGGCAAAACACAACCCAGACAAAUGUGACACUUCCACACUUGUGUUCAUGCUUUAUUUUCCUUUUAUCUCAUUGUGCUCGGUCUUCAUGCUGGAUCAAGCGCUCUCUACUCUGCGUGUGUGUGAGGAUGCGCUUGAUUCCCUUCCAUGUCGACAAAACAAUUCCUUUCUUCUUAUUUAAUUUCUUUUAUCUGCGUGCUGAAGAUUAAAUUCCAACUCACAUUAAACCUCUAUUGCUGCGCUCUCUCUUUUAUUUGGGCAUUAUUUCAGACAAAGUGCAUAGGUCACCCCCAGGAUUGUCUGUUACUGAGUCUGGCUGCCACAAACAGUCACUGUCACAUCUAAAGUGCUGUCCCCUCUAAUGGCGUUCCACUGGCUCGGCUGUUGUCUGUACACUCACGACCUGUGGGCAUGAAAUGAGCUGGGUCCAGUGGAUGGAAGGUUCUCUUUAAAGCCAUGGCCCCUCUCUCAGGCUAUUUUCUGUCUAAUAGAGCAGAGGCCGCUGCUGCUGAGGUCAACUCAUAGUUGGAGAUUGAGCGAAAUGCAAGGCCUCUCAUUAUUGACUAAUUAUGCCCUGUUAGCAUCAUAGACUGUUGGCAGUGUAUUACUCAGCUGUGGAGUGGGUUCUUUUUGCCCACUUCAGACUGUUGAUUUUACCGAGUGAUUAGGACAGAGCCUUGCUGAAUGUGGCUAAGCGCGCCUGGUCUCUGACUCACACUGUUGCAGGUGCACGCAGACUCAGACAGCCACUGCUUCACUCAAACAGAGACAACAUGCCAUUUUGGUUAGUUAAAACAAGCACCCGAUGUUUGUCAGUGUCCUCCCUCACUCCCCCUCCUUUCCCCAAAGCCCACACUGAUAGCAUAGGGCUCCACACUAUUAUGGGCAUCUGGUGCAAAAAGAAAAUCCACCAGAGACAUUCAUUUGUAUGGAUUAUUUCAACUGCUAUUGUCUAAAGGCUGUGUUCAUUGUGAUCUAUCUGAAAAAA